AUGCAGUCCAUGAACGUUCUCAUGGGCGCAGACCCAGCCCAUGACAAACUGCACCACUUUGAAACCUCCUGGUUAUUCUCCCCACUUGUCUUCGGAGUGCUACGUCUGAUCAUCUUUUUAUACUGCCUGUUGGUCCUCAUAAUUGUAUUCGCAUUGGAGAGCUCCAUGGGUAGAGGGUUCCUUAACAGGCAAUCCUUCAGUUAUUUCACCUCCCUGGCGUUCAGUGGUGUUCAGUGGUACUUCCUCGUUUCUGGCGUCCAUUCGCUCCUCUAUGCCUUUAAAGGACGGUCUGUGCUCUUCGACAAGUGGCCCCGAUGGCUACGCUCCUUGCAUAGCCUGUAUUACACCACUGUUGUGUGCUACCCUUUCGUGGUCUCGGCGAUAUAUUGGUCGAUCUCCAAACAUGCUCUCCCACCCUUCUUCGCUCUAUUUGAGAUUAUCUUCUCAACGGCACGUCCACCGCCAGUGUUCCAUCUUGCGUUGCUGGCCGUCAUCCUUCUCCUCUACUUGGGUAUUGCUUACAUCACCCACGCAACCCAAGGUUUCUGGGUAUACCCAUUCCUCAGGCCUCGCCCUGGCAGACACGGGGCCAGUGUGGCAAGCUACCUCGCCAUUAUCGCCGCAGUCCUCGUUCUCACCUUCGCGUUGGUAUGGGGCAUCAGUUUCAUUAGGAAGCGGCUGGUGGGCUCAAAGACGAAAUACGCCAAGACUGAUCCUGAUCAUUCGAAUGCAGCGCGUGAGGGCAGUGACCCAGAUACCGAGGUCGCUCAAGACGUCCUUGACGCUAGUGUUGAAGAGACCAAGUGAUGACGACGGGAAGUGUUGACAUCGUUCCUUUUGUUAUUAAUUUUCCGUUCUCCCAGGCCAUUUAUUAUUAUAUUAUAUAUAUAUUUUUAAUGAUUUUCAAAGACGAUACAAUCGGUUCUGGCUCCUGGAUUUAUGGCUAAUGGAUGGAUGUAAUGAUGCUGCCGAAUUUACAUGUAUUUCGUUAUAUAUAUGCGCUUGUUUGCAUCUCUUUUCAUGGCACGCGCAAAAUCAAGUAAUGAGAUGAGAAGAGAGGGAAACAAAAUUGACAUUCGAAACGCCACCCAAAUACCACGUUGAAAAAAAAAGAGGAGAAAGAGCCAAGUCAUUUUCCAAAACUCCCAAUAACGCAACCCCAUUCAUACCGCAACAGCACACUGCUGGUGAGCCCUGAAGCCCCAGGGUGGAUGUAAAGUGUCAGUGCACUCACGACCACAGGCUUCACAAACCCACCACCUCGGACCCCAAGAUGGCAACGCCUUCGAACAAUGUCUACAUGCAAAAUCAUCGCGAUGCUUUCUGUGCCUCAGUUUGCGUCUCAUUCUGGUUUUCUCACGCUCGCGCAGCUGCGCCAGACACUGGCUGUCGGGAAGGGUUUUGCAUAUGCUGCACAACAGGCAGCUAUUUCCGAACGGGCUUGUGUCAAAACUUCCUCUUGAGCCAUGAACGUUACCUUAGCACGAGGAACAGUAGGGCUGGCAGGUUUCUUCGUGGAGGGUGUCGAGUUGAGGUCUGGUAAAGGCCCUUGACUCGCCGCAUGACUGGGUUAUGAGAGGAUCCUGUUAGCGGUAUACUGAUAGUGGGAAAUGGGUUGCGAUGGCAAGGGGGAGGGAAUUUAUCAUACUCCACAUAUGGGAAACCGGCAUAAGAAGCACCCGGUUUUUGUAUCGCUAUCACAGGUAUAUACCCUAAGGAUGCCCCGCUCACUGCCGAGAUGGCCAUCUGGGAAAACCGUCUGUCGCAUUUCCUUUGAUGUCAAGCUCAAGUUUACUAGGUCCUGAUAGUGCAAGUGUUGGGCGACAAGAGUCAGAAUAUCGAUAUGCAGGAACCUUGCCAGUGGUUUCCUUUGGUUUUUGGAUUUGCACUGGACCUCUUUAGGUUCUGGAGGCUGAUGGCGUUUGGAUGUUGUAAAGGAUUGAGGAAAUUGAUGGCGCACUUCCCGAACGGGCAUGUAGACCAAUUGGCUCAUUUUGUUAAUGCAACGAAGACGGAAGCGUAAUUGCGAUUGCACAGGCCUAGGCAAGAAAUGUAUUGAAUAUCGGGGAACUGUAGCGACAAUUUCACAGAUAAAAUAUGGGAUGAGAGAUAAAACUCUAAGCGCGGUAAAGAUGUACGGCUCCUUUCUUCUUCUUUCAGGGCGCAUAUCUGAUCGAACGACCCUGAUCGAGAUAGCCAUGCUAACGAUGAUGUUAAAGAAUGAAACUAGAAUAUAUAUAACCCUGAAUUCCAUUAAUUGCUG